GGUGUAUUUGGACACAAAGUCAGCCUAGAUACUGACAGCUGCGUCUAGAAAUGGCACGUCUUUUGGAGAAAAAAGCUAUUUGAUUGUGAAGGACAACUGGCCACCCGACUGACUCAGAUGAGUAAGGACUCCAAGACUAUUCAUUUUGUGGAAUUGGAUUAUGGAAUCUGAUGGUGGAUAUUUGGAUGCGAUCACACGCCCAUGCGACAAUGUCAAUGGAUGUUGUGAUGCACGGUGUCCAGGCUUUUUUCCCGUAAAUAUUUGAAUAUUUAAUAUUUUGUUUAUUUGAACCAGAAGACAAGAUGCAAUAUACACAUAAAGACUGGAUUCUCAUUAUAUUUGGCACUAAAAGGGAGGAUUAGGCUUUUAUUAGGCCUGUUACAUUAUUAUUGUUAUUAUUAUAAAUGCCUCGAAGAUGGUGCAUCUGUCUAUCAUAGUCAAAGAAAACACGUUACCGUAGAGGAUUAAUCGCCUUAUUUGAAUCACGUCAACAGAUACACAACUAUUUGCAAUUGGAAUUACAGCGUGAUGCCUUCACAAAACCCAUCAUUUAUUGUUAUGGUAGGCUAUUUCGUUCUCUAACCUAGCGUGUGAAGGUGUCGAGAAGCACUGAAACAUAUUCCGUAGAGCCAGCAGGUGCGGGAUCUUUGAUCACAAAUAACUGAAAUGUGCAAACAUCGUAUCCAUAUAAGUAGACAAGGCUAUUGCUUAUGGUUACAAAUGUAUCAGAUGUUUUGAAUGGGCAUCGUCUUGUAGUCUACAAAAUAAAGGUUAGAUAAUAAUGGCAAAAACAGACCGUGCUGUACCAAUGGUGUCUGUGUCUCUGGACUCUCUGCGCGUUCGUGUCGGCUCAGUGUAUCGCGUUUAUUGAAACAUUACCGUGCGCAGAACUUGGGCCGGACAAUGUAACAAGACGAACGAUCAAUCAUUGAUGUGCGCUGACUACAAAGAUGCUAAAUGUACAGGCACUCAAUUGUCUUUGCCUGACUGCUGUCCGCCGUAAUUCCCCAUCUAAAAAUGGACGAGUACGCUAUUUAAGGACAUUAAACUGGCUUAUACGUUUAUCGGUGUAGGCCUACGUGAUCUAGAAGAGGCAGCAUCAAAGUAGGGAAAUAUUUCAAUCGAUAUUUCAACAAAAUGCGAAGUCAAGACAAAUUGCUGUAAUUCAUCGCUGUCAAAAAGCCAAUGACCAUGUAAUAACGAGAUGUCAGACAAGCGAUAUUCUUCUGCUCUGUGCUUGUUUGGAAACAACAACGAUCCUUGCUCAGAGGAUGUUAAACUAUACAGAUGACACUAUUUAGAAUCAGAAUGUUUUGUUACAUGUGGUGCAAAUGGAUCCACCAAUAGCCGCUUCAGAUGUGCGAUCUCCUUCAGUUGUCGUGUAGCUUCCUCGCUGUCGUUGGCCUCUUAUAAUCUUCAAGGAGAGGAGCUAGCCUCUUUAAAUCGCUGAGUCAGGAUCUGUCCUCAAUGAGGCGACAUGAAGUGCAGCAUUGGCUGUGUCUUGUUACUCAUCAGGGCAAAAAAAUGUAAGGAACUAAAAAUGGUAAGACGCCAUAAUAAACACAACUGUUGUGGCCCACUCAGACCAUCAGGCGCUUGCUGAAUCUUGAGAGGGAGACAGUAAAUACAAUCAGUAGUCUAAUAUGAAAUAGCAAUAGAUGCUCAGAGAUACCCUAGUUGUAAAAGCAGUGUGCAACGUUACAGAGACCCGUGUUCAGAUCCCGACCAUGCUUUCCCGAGCAGCGCAAAGCUAUACCACCCACAAGGACCUCAUCUCACAGUAAUGAAGAGGGUCCACUUUGGGGGUUUCCCAGGCCAGCCUUGACUAUCUGGUAGCUUUCUAGACCAUACCAUUGAAGAAUAAACAGUAGCCUCUCUCAGGGAUGACCAUGGUUCUGCCCUGAUUGCUUUUUUCCCCUUUAGAAACACACCCCAGAGAGAACCUAUUGUAGAAAUACAUGUUAAAUACACACUGCAUUAUACAUGGUAGUACAGACUGCUACACACACAUGAUUGGUGACAGGAACUGGAACUACCCCAGUAAACGGGGACAGUGAUGGGACAGUGGAGCUUUGGCCUGCCUGUCCACUGAUCUGUCUCUCCUCUGGUUAAGGAGGCCUGGAUUCGGCUGAUGGGCCCUGCAUGGAUUUUGUGCGUGAGUUGACAGAGGGCAGGCCCACACCGCUGACCAGCAGCCGAGCAGCCAUGGACCCAUAUGCCAGAGCGAGCAGCACAGCAGCCCCACUGCCCUGCACCAGCUGUGGGGGCUGCUGCGACCCUCCUCCCCCUGGCCUCAUGCUCGUUGGUCCCCUUGGCCCCCCUUAUGGCCCCCCUCUCUCCUCCAUGCCCCCACAUAUGACCCCUGCUCCCCCGGUGUGUGCUGCUACAGCUGUCCAGGCUGAGAAUGGCAGCAGCUGGAACUCCUCCUCUGGUUCUUCAGACUCCCACCCUGGCCACCAGGGCGGCUCUACCACCUCCCCCACCUACUGGACGGCCGUGUUUGACUACGAGGCCACUGCAGACGAGGAGCUGACCCUGCGGCGCGGGGACCUUCUUGAGGUCCUCUCCAAGGACUCCAAAGUGUCUGGGGACGAGGGCUGGUGGACAGGCAAGAUCCAGGACAAGGUGGGCAUCUUCCCAUGCAACUACGUUACUCGGAGGGACGCUGGCAGCUACCCGCAGCUAACCCCAGGAGGGCUGGUGGCAGGUGGGGUGCCUGAGGGGUGCCCCCUGGAGAUCGACUUCACGGAGCUGGUGCUGGAGGAGGUGAUUGGGGCAGGGGGGUUUGGGAAGGUGUAUAGGGGGAUGUGGCAAGGGGAGGAGGUGGCAGUUAAAGCUGCCAGGCAGGACCCGGACGAGGACAUCAGCGCCACAGCUGAAAGCGUACGACAAGAGGCCAGGCUUUUCUGGAUGCUCAGACACCCCAACAUCAUCAACCUGAUAGGGGUGUGCCUGCGAGAGCCCAACCUCUGCCUGGUGAUGGAGUACGCCCGCGGGGGGGCUCUGAACAGAGCCCUAGCUGGGAAGAAGGUACCCCCCAGGGUGCUGGUGAACUGGGCCGUGCAGAUCGCCACAGGGAUGGACUACCUGCACAAUCAGACCUUUGUACCGGUUAUACACAGAGACCUCAAGUCUAGCAACAUCCUGAUCCUGGAGCCCAUUGAGAGGGAGGAUCUGGGUGGCAGGACCCUGAAGAUCACAGAUUUUGGCCUGGCACGGGAGUGGCACCAGACCACCAAGAUGAGCGCAGCGGGCACCUAUGCCUGGAUGGCCCCCGAGGUCAUCAAACUCUCCCUGUUCUCCAAGAGCAGCGAUGUCUGGAGUUUCGGGGUGUUGCUAUGGGAACUGCUGACAGGAGAGGUUCCGUACCGUGAGAUAGAUGCUCUGGCCGUGGCGUACGGAGUGGCCAUGAACAAACUGACCCUGCCUGUACCGUCCACCUGUCCCGAGCCCUUCGCACUCCUGCUGGCAGAGUCCUGGAGCCCUAACCCCCACAGUCGCCCGUCCUUCACUAAUAUCCUGAUGCGACUGCUGGCCAUCGAACAGUCGGCCAUGUUUCAGAUGCCCCUGGAGUCCUUCCACUCUCUGCAGGAGGACUGGAGGCUGGAGAUCCAGCAGAUGUUUGAUGAGCUCAGGGCCAAGGAGAAGGAGUUGCGUUCCUGGGAGGAGGCGUUGGCUCGUGCGGCCGAGGAGCAGAGGGAGCAGGAGGAGCAGCUGAAGAGGAGGGAGCAGGAGCUGGCUGAGAGAGAGAUCGAUAUCGUGGAGCGUGAACUCAACAUCAUCAUCCACCAGAUGUACCAGGAGAAGCCCAGGGUCAAGAAGCGCAAGGGCCACUUCAAAAAGAGCAGACUACUCAAACUGGGCCGAGACAGCAACAGCAUCAGUCUGCCCUCUGGUUUCGAGCAUAAGAUCACCGUGCAGGCGUCUCCGAGCGUGGAUAAGAGGAAGCCCCAGGGCAGUGAGAGCACCACACCUCCAGCCAGCCCAGUCAUACCCCGCCUCAGGGCCAUACGACUGACGCCCAGCGAUGGCAAUAAGACAUGGGGCCGCAGUGCCGUGUGUAAGAAGGAGGACCUGGCAGCUAGCAAAAAGAAGGGACGCACCUGGGGCCCCAGCUCCACCCUCCAGAGAGAGAGACUGGGCGGAGAGGACAGGUUGAAAUCGCUAGGCGACGGAUGCAAGGUGUGGUCCUCUAGUGCCCCGAAUCUGGGCAAGUCUCCAAAACACGCCCCCAUGACCGCCGGCUUCUCCAGCCUCAAUGAAAUGGAGGAGCACUGUGAGUUGGAGGAGUCGCCCGGGUCUCUGAUGCCCCCAGAGACCAGCAGUAACGGGUCUGUGGAGGAGGGAGGCCCCCCAUGUGGCGGGCUGGGGCCCGGGCUGGGGCCUGCUGGGCUAGGGAGCGGGAUGGGCUACCAGGACUCUCUGCGGCGCUGCAGCCAGAGGAAGAAGAGCGACCUGCUGCUACUGGGCUGUGCCUCAAUACUGGCCUCUGUAGGUCUGGGGCUGGACCUGCUACAGCUGGGGAAACUACAGGUCCAACAGGACGAGCAGGACCUUAGAGAGGAGCAGCGCAAGAAAAAGGACAGCAUUUUCCAGCGAACGGGUCGUUUCCGCCGCAGCACCUCUCCCCCGAGCCGCGCCCUGUCCCUCUCGCUGUCCCGCCGCCGCGACUCUACUCUCCCCUGCACGGACCCCUCUCCCUCCGUCACCCUCCUCUCCCUCUCCUCCCUCUCAGACUGCAACUCCACCAAAUCCCUCCUUCCCUCGGACCUUGAGGACUUGGCGUUGACCCCCGGAGUGGGCGCCUCCCUCACCAUGGCGACCCCUGUCCCUGCCCUUAACCCCCUCCUGGAUCUGAGGGCAGAGAGCUUCAAGAGGGAGCCCAACCAGUCCCUCACGCCCACCCAUGUGUCUGCAACCAUGAACAGGGGGCACAGACGCACCCCCUCUGAUGGGGCGAUACGCCCCCGCGCCCAAACCCUAGGGCACCGCAGGACCCCCUCGGACGGCAGCAUGCCCAUGCCGCCCCCACCAGGGCCCCGCAUCCUCCCCCUACAUGCAGGUUACAAGGAGACCCUAGAUAUCCCCCGUCUCCCUGACCCUUCCAGCCUCUUCCCAAGGGUCCUCCGCCGCAAGGCCCCUGCUCCGCCUGUCCCUGUCCCGGUCCUGGAGCCCCUGACCAUCAUCAGUCCCUUGGAGAGGCCCAAGACCUUGGAGUUCGCCCCCCGGCCUCGGCCCACACCAGCCAGGGUGCGACCGGACCCAUGGAAGCUGGGUUCCCUGUCCAGAACCCUGAGCUCGUCCCCGGGCAGCAGCUGUGACAGUCCCCUGGGCUCUGGGGACAGCAGUGCCAGCACCGGCGCUGCCAGGCCCAACCUCAUGGACAUGGACGUGGAUGGACAGGAUCUGGACGGCACCGUGCCCCUGUGUGAACAGCACCAGGCUGCACAGCUCUGUGGACAGAACUACGGCUAAGUCACACAUUACUGUAUAUGGGCAACACGGCUCCUAGUGCACACUUCAAAGACUCCUAGUGUGCUCACUUUAUUCCUGGUACCCAAUCCCUUUGCGAACAGUACUUCUACUAGUGUCCACUCUGAAGCCCACUUGUGCGGGCUGUACCUCUCUCCUGGUGGUCACUCCUAAGCCUUGUGCCCCCUAGUCUCAUAGUGCCCAGCAUCCGGGACAGCACACGUCUUAGUGUCCCUUCCAAAGCCGCCCAGUGUUGGACAACAUUCCUCUAAGUGACCACUCCGCAACCCCUAGAGUCCAAACCUUUAGUGCCCUAGUGACCAGUGUGCCCUGCUAACCUUCCGCAUAUUACCUGUCCUCUAAAAGGAAGGAAAGUGUAAGCCAUUCCACUUCCAGACAGACACUUCCAAGUGCUCAUCCCGAUUUACAUGUGCUGCAGUAGGACUCGUUCUGCUAAACCACCCCGUUGACUCUCUGCCUCUCUCUACACAGGUGUCGUGUCUGUCUCUGCUCGCUCCUUCCCCAAAGACUUGGGCUGAAGCUUUGCCAGCCGUAGACACAUUCACAUCUCAACAGGGUUGGAAUUAUUCUCUUGGGAGUGCCCUUGAAGUGUCCAUGUUAAUAGUUGUUUUGUGAGGGUGCCCUGAUUUGUUAUGAGAGCACCUCUGGGUGUCCCAUCAUGUGGGCCCUGCUGCCCCUCCUUCAUAUUUACAUGUAGUCAUGGUAGGUAGACUCUCAAAUCCUGAGGGACUUCCAAAUCAGUGCGUAAGUUGCCCUCUUAUUGUGCAUCACCUUCUAUAGAACUCAUUUCCACCUCCCUCACCUCCACAUAGCAUCUUCCUGUAUAGGGAUGGUCUCUGUCCUCCCCCUCUCCCAAAGACUGCAACAGGAACAGGGAAGCCAUUUUAAGCCCCACAGCACAAUUGACAGGACUUUAUUUCCUCAGCUCUGUACAGCAAAUUCAUUUUAUUUUUCUCAAUGCUUGAACCAUUCCAGCCAUAACCUGUUUAGCACAGCAUUUUCUAUUGGUUUGGCGAAUUGUGUGUCUGUGUGGGUGUACACUGUGUGUCUGUGUGGGUGCGCAUGUGCGCACCCAUGUGUGCUUGUGUUUUGGUACCGCAUGUUAUUUUGUGUGAAGGAUGUACUGUAGAACUAGCAAAUCUGUUGUGAGGGAGCCGAAACAGGACGCUUUUCUCCCUCAUUCUUUACCUUACGUCCACAUAGGGAUGCAAAAUGUCCAAUAUUUUUUCCCCAAAAUCCCCUGGUUUACCAGAAAUCCUGGUUGAAAGAUUCCUGGAAGAAGCAGGAAAUACGGGAAUUGUUGAACCACUAUUUCUGGAAAACCAGGGAAUUUAGGGAAAGUGUGAAACUCAUAAGCUGGAGUUUCUCAGCAAACGUCCUCUCUCUCACCUUCAUCACUGCUCUGUAAAGAGCCCCUUAUACGCUCGGUUAUAUGGACAGUUCAUUUUUAACAAAAGUCCUCUGAGAGCAGAGGAGGACCAUGGAAAAUGAGGGUUAACCCACUUGCAAUACAUGGUUAAUGAAUACUACCUGUUUUCUACAACAACAAAAAAACGAAUUCCCACAUUCCGUACCCCUGACUUCCUUUUCCUCACCUACUGGAUAGUGAUACAGCAUCAUUGAAGGGAAAAAAGGGCCCAAUCUUUGGUUAAAGAGCCAUGAUAUUGACAUUGACAUGUCCGUGUCACAAGAGUACAGACUGUGAAGGACUUGACACAAGGUGCUUGGGAUGUGGAUGGCGAAUCGAGAGACCUCUGGAUUCUCUCGCAGGCCCAUGAGUGCACCUGUACUGUCUGGUUGCUGAAAGAAGAUGAAUACCACUUUUUAAUGGCACAGCUAGUCAAGGCUACAUACAAGUAUUUACUUGGCUAUGUGUAUAUGGGAGUGUGUGUGUGUGCGUGUGUAUUUUAGUGUUAUUAUUUGUAUGGGAUGAUGUCAAUCCCAUAGGUAGAGGGGUGAGCAAAACUCAUCCUUAUUCUCCUUGUGUGGUUAAGAACGCUCAGAGUAUUUAUUAAAAUGAUUGUUAUAAUUGAAAUAAUGAUU